CAAACCCUCUAUAAAUAUUCACGGAUCGUCGUUAUCCACCAUCAGUCAUAUCUCAGCGAUCGACCAGCUUCAGCAAAAGUAACAAACAGAAAAACCCCAACCCAUCGAUCCGACAUGUAUAAGAUUAUUGCACUCGUUGCCUGUUUAGCUGCAGUGGCCACAGCUCUGCCAUAUAAGCCCGCGGCGGAGCCACAUCACGAGCCCAAAGAAGUUCAUCACCCCGCGCAGUACAAAUUCGAAUACGGUGUGAAGGAUGGCCACACCGGAGAUCACAAAACCCAGUGGGAGCACCGCGAUGGGGAUCACGUGAAGGGCCAGUACACCCUGGAAGAAGCUGAUGGCGGUCACCGUUUGGUCGAGUACGAAUCCGACGCCCACGGAGGAAUUCAAAUUCAGGUUAAGAGAGUCGGCGGUCAUGGUUCAGCACCAAAGGUGCACCACGAACCGAUCCCAGUCAUUCCGGUUAAAGUGCAUCCGAAGAAACAUCGUCACUAGGUUGGGUGACUGAAAGGACCUUUUGUGGUGUUCAAGGCACGACCAGUUCGUAGAUACGAUUAUUGUCAUGCGUCGGAGACAACGAUAAUAAUUUGUUCAACAAGACUGCUACUGUAAAACCAGGAUUAUAAUGUCAAUGCUGCUAGUACUGAUGGUUACCAAAAGAUUUGUAGAGUUACGGCAGGUAUUUCUGUCGAUAGUCUAAUUCCCGUCAUAGGCUCAAAACCAACGAAAGCAAAGUCCAUUCGCUAUAAUUUUACAGAACGAUUCUCGUGAUCCUACGAUUGAGUACGGAUGAGUUUUAGCAAAAAUAUGUUUCUUUCAUUUGCUUUCGUGAUUAUGACGAGAAUUGGAAUUCAGACGAAAAUACCUGCCGUAACCCUAGCCAUUUUCAUUAUUAGUAGCAAUGAUAAGGUUUUUAAGAUUCUAGAAAAGAGUAAUAUAAUAAUAUAAUAUAUCUAUAUGCAUAAUUGUUUCACGCUAACAUUCAAACAAUUCUUUGAAAAUUCCA